UGAAAGUAAAUCCACGCACUCGGUCGCACUCGAAGCUGCCGUGGGGCUCCAUUUUAUUAUUAUCAUCAUUAUUAUUAUUAUUAUUAUUAUUAUUAUUAUUACCAGAGCCACCGUGGAUAACCUUCGUUGACGUGACGAUUUGGAAGCUUGAAGAAUGACGUUUCCCCACCGAAAAGUCGACGGGCUGACGCGAGUAUGAAGUCGGGCAUGCACAAGCCACCUCUGGCCCCGAAACCCAAGCUAUCCCAGCUCCAGCCGGGGGUGCCGUCUCCCUUGGCGCCCAGAAAAAAUGCCCUGUCGCACCAGUCUCCCGGCUCCUUACGGAAGAUGAAACCGAUGCUGGCACCCAAACCCAACCCCUCCAAGCUAAACUCCAAACCAGGCGCUUCAAAGCUGCGGGCGACUACCGUCGGCAAAUCCCCACAGAUGGUUGGCCUCCUGAACACCCAAAAUGGAAUACAGCGUGACAACAAAAAGCCAAACUGGGAUUACAUUAUUCCCAUUUGUCUGUGUAGCCAGAAAAACUGCCGGUGCAUCCGUGACAGUCACAUGAACAAAACCGAGGAAGACUUCAAGGCUUUGGACGAGGUCAAAGCCGAGGACAAUGGAAAGACCACAUCUCCAGAGAGAAAGACUGACAAUGCAAAAAGAGAAGUCACACAUGCGUCAACUGCAAAUGGUCAUCUCGAAAACCACCAACCUCCCCAAGAGACUUCAUCUGCUUCAGACAAGAACCACAACAAAAACUCAAAUACCUCGAGUUCUCAGAUUCAAGUUGGAUCGCUUCAUUUCAGAACUGUCAGCCGCGAGGCGAACGCUAAUGCGAUAACCCGGGACGACGCCGAGCAUGAUCCAGAGGAAGACGCAAAUCCCUCUGAGCAAAAACAACACCCAGCCACCCCGAAUAAGCCCAUCCCUGUCCCGGUGCCACAGAGACCCAAAAACCCCUGGCUGGCCCGCCAGGAAAAGGUGGAGGAGGAGAGGGAGAAGAGUCUGAUCCAGGAAGGGAGGAAAGUGAAAGAGUUGAAGGUGUCAAGUGAAGGGAAAGGCGGCGCUUCCUCAUCUGUCAGUUGGACUGCUGGUGGAAAGGGAGCGUCGCCGUCAUCUGCCAGAAGACCGGCCCCUACGCCCAGGAAAAAGCCUCAUCUCGUUACAAGUCCCGCUGCGUCACCGCUCCAAAACAACGUGGACGAAGAAGACCUGGGCUGGGACAGCAACACCUGCGAAACGGAGCUAUCCGUCGACAAGGAGGAUGAGGAGGUGGAAGUCGAGAGAGACGCAAGGCGUGAUCAGGAAGCCUCCGACAAAGACCGGACAGAUUCCAGUUUUCACUCCGACGUUAUAGACGACCACGACGGAGCAGUCAAGCUAGUUCCCAAGAAGCCGCGAAGAAACAACAGCCCCAUGGCGUGGAUGAAGAAGACGGAAUCUCUUGAAGUCGGAGAAGAGCUGAAAUCAGGAGCUAAUGUGAAAAAUCAGAAGACCGUCGCGACAGAUCUUCCUUCGCUUCCGGUAAAGAUGACAGCUGACAGCACCCCAACGCCAACCUCGGGCAAACAGAGACCCAGGUCCUUCUCCGUUGCGGACUUGGUCCGCUCCCGAGGAAGGAGUAGCUCUUUCAGGAAGCUUCUGGAUCAGAAGCUCUCUGUCAUGAUGCUGCCAAAGCUCAUGGCUAAAGGAUCCCAGACGCCGCAGUCCGGCGAGCAGGACAUACGGCAGCAUCUCCGCAGCGCUCUCGGGGCGGAAGGCGAGUUCUCUUGCCCUCUGGUCGGACUGGAACAAAGCGUAGACGGAGACGAGCGGGACGUUAACUAUGAGAACGUUUCCUACUACGAGGAGAUAUCAGACUACGAGAACGUCUACUUCGGCGGCUCAGAGGGUUCCGGCGCCGCCUGGCAGAGUUUGUACGACGACGACGGCAUUUAUGAGGAGCCAGAGGCGUAUUUGUCCCCGGAUAAAAACGCUGACUAUGACAGAAGUUCUGCGGACGAAGACGUGGACGAUGGCGGGUCGGACGACGACUUCACGCUGCCUUUCUCGGACGACGACGACGACGACGACGGAGACGACAGCUCGGUCUCAAGUCAAGGCGACCCCGAGCAGUCCGAGGAAAAUGCGACGCAAAGUGGCCCCCGAAAGACCAAGACCCAUCACAUCGCCACUGAGAUUAUGACCUCUGAGAAAGUGUUCGUUGAUGUCCUGAAGCUGCUUCACGUCGACUUCCGCGACGCCGUGGCCGAAGCCUCUCGUCAAAACGGCAAACCCGUGAUCGAGGAGCGUCUGCUCGACCGGAUCUUGUACUACCUCCCGCAACUCUACGAACUCAACCGGGAUUUGCUGCAAGAGCUGCACAAUCGACUGGCCGAAUGGGAUGAAAACGAGCAGGUGGCCGACAUCUUCCUGAAGAAAGGUCCCUAUCUGAAGAUGUACUCCACAUACAUCCGGGAGUUCGACAAGAAUGCGGCUCUACUGGAAGAGCACAGCAAGAAGAACGCGGCCUUCGGUGCCGUCGUGCGACAAUUCGAGGCCAGCCCGCGUUGCGCCAGCUUGGCUCUGAAGCACUACCUCCUCAAGCCCGUCCAAAGAAUUCCUCAGUACCAGCUCCUGCUCAGAGACUAUUUGAAAAAUCUGUCCAAAGACUCGGCCGACUACAAGGACACGCAAGCUGCUCUUGCUGUUGUUAAAGAGGUUGCGAAUCACGCCAACGACAUCAUGAAGCAAGGGGACAACUUCCAGAAGCUGAUUCAGGUGCAGUGCAGCCUGAACGGCCGUCACGAGAUCGUCCGGCCCGGCCGGACAUUCCUGAAGGAGGGCCUCCUCAACAAGCUGUCCAGGAAAGUCAUGCAGCCCAGAAUGUUCUUCCUGUUCAACGACACGCUGCUGUACGCCACUCCCGUUCAGUCGGGCCAGUACAAGUGUAAAAACAUGUUGUCUCUGGCGGGGAUGAAGGUGAGCAAACCGAGCCAAGAGGCCCACCAGAACGAGUUUACCAUCGAGAGCGUGGAGCGCUCCUUCAUUCUCUCCGCAAGUUCGGCGUCGGAGAGAGACGAGUGGCUCGAGGCCAUUUCCACAGCCAUCGGCGAUUACACCAAGAAAAAGAUCACGUUCAUAUCUGGAAAGUCCUUCGACGAGGUCCAACUGAGCGACGGCGCUUCUUUGGGCGCCAAGGCGCCGAUAUGGAUCCCGGACCCACGCGCCACCAUGUGUAUGGUCUGCACCUGCGAGUUCACCCUGACGUGGAGGCGGCACCACUGUCGAGCCUGCGGCAAGGUGGUGUGCCAAUCCUGUUCCUCCAACAAGCAAAGCCUCGAGUACCUCAAGAACCAGUUGGCGAGAGUGUGCGACCAGUGUCACAUGGCGCUGCGGGAGCAGAAAGGUACGGUUCCUCACCGCUUCGAACCCCGAAUUCACCGUGACGGCUCUCGUUCGUGCAACGCAGGCGAAGAGGAUCUCUCUGGAGCGGCGUCUCCCAAAGCCUCCUUUGCGUUCUCUCGUAAACACAGGCGGAUACCGGCGGCGCUCAAAGAGGUGUCCGCCGGCACGGGCAACUCCUCCAUGAGCGGCUAUUUGCAGCGGUCCAAGGGCAAAAAGAAGCAGGGGAAGCGCUUGUGGUUUGUGAUCAAAGAUAAGGUUCUGUACACCUACGCUGCCAGCGAGGAUGUCGCCGCCUCGGAGAGUCAACCGCUUUUAGGUUUCGUCCUAAAAGUCGACUCGUCGCAAAGGUUACAGUUCAAGCUUUACCACAAAAACACCCCGUACUACAAUUUCAAAGCCGACGACGUCCAAACGGCCCAGAGGUGGAUCGACACAUUCCGAGAAUCGGCCGUACUUUAGGAUCCGGAUGUCGACGCGUCGUCCCUGCACUCCCAGGUUUCACCUCGGUGCUCCCGGAGUUUUCGUAUCGGUUCGGAUCGGAAUGCUUUUUGCCCCCAUUUUACUCCCCAUAUUUUCAUGCAGAACAGUAUCGUAUCCAGUUUUCCACCAUCUUUAGGGAUUCAGCCCUAAAAUCCCCUUCAUUGUCUGCUUUAGUCGCGUUCGCAGAAAACCUGUGAUGUGUGAUGAAUCUGCCAUUAUUAUUAUUAUUUUUAUUUUUUUUAUAAACCCAGGUUUGAAGUGGUGUGUGUUCCCCCCUCAAACACACACACGCUAGUAUACAUUUCCCAUGACUAGUAAGCGAAGCACUUAACUCACUUCAAUGCAAGUAAAUAGCUCGCCACACCUGUUGUGUAAAUACCAGUGAUCCCAAAUGCUAUAUAUAUGUAAUCGCGCAUUGAAUACGCGCAUCCUCUUACUGAAAUAAAUAUUGUUUUAGCAUUCUGUCUGUGAUCGACUCUGUUUAAAAAAAUGGGCAGGUUUCCAUUUCAAAUGUAAAUAUCGAUCCCCUUUGUGUGGGUGAAUGUUUUACUUGUUUGAAAGUCAGAGCCCCAAAAGAUGACAAAACUUUGCAGAAUGAUGCCCUUUUUUUCCUCCCCCCCCGUGACAAUCCAUAAAAUGACAUCUAAUUGAUUA